AUGUACGUAUUGGUCACAUCCGACACUAAUGACCUAUUUCGAGAGUCGCCUGUACCGAGUGAUCCAGAACAUAAUUUAGAAAAAAAAUCUGAUUUAUUAAAAGAUGUUUUUGAUGACAAAUCCGAAUAUAUGGAGUUGGAAAAGAUGGAUGACAUCAAAAUUAAUAACGAAGAAAUUAAUGAAAAUUUAGACCCAAAUAUAAUAGCCUACAUUAAUAUUAGUUCAUCCGUUAAAUCUGUUACUGCUCCAUCACCGGUACAAAUUCAAAAAGUAGCAUCUCCUGCUCCGUCAUCACCUCUUAUUCAUCAAACACCAACUCCGGUUCCAUCACCAGUUCAGAUUCACGAACUGUGUAACAGUAGCUUUUGUGUUCAGUGUUCUGAAGAUAUUAUUUUAAUAGCACCUGAUGAUCUUUACGGGAAUUUGCCGACACCCUCUAUAUCUUCCAUUGCAAAUAGUGCAACACCAACCUUUAUCAAAGGUAUAAAAAAGAGAACAUAUAAAAAUGAUAAAGGCAAGAAACGACUUGUACAUAAAGAAGACUGGAUAGUGACUAAGAGUAAAUUAUUGAAGAAUCAAGGAAAAAGCUAUACUAAUCAGAAAGGAAAAACAUUUCCUGAAAAAGUUAUGAAAAGUCCUUGUUGUUGUCGGUUAAAAUGUUUUGAAGCUUUUACAGAAGAAGAACGAUCAAAUUUAUUUAAAAAAAUUUGGGCACUUGGAGAUAGAAACAAACAGUGGGAAUAUAUGACUAAAUAUACCAAAAAGCAACCAAAGAAACUACAGAAGUCACUUUACAUAAUAGACAAUUCACAUUUCUUUAUUUUCUUCCCUUUGGAGAUAACCAAGCCAAAAAAGUAUGCCAAACAAUGUUUUUAA